AUGGUUGAAGUUUAUUUUCACGACAACAAAGACACACUUGAAAACUUUACUGAAGAUCAUAAUUCAGGAGAACCAGUCAGUUUUGAACAACUAGCUGAAAUUGGUGUAAUUUACAAAUAUAUCACUACUCAAGAAGAAUUGGAUGCAUUAGCCACUGAAAGAGAAUAUAAGAAUAGAGAUGUUGUUACUUUAAAUUUACAGGCUUUCAAUAAUGACAUUGAUGCUUAUAAUGCCAAAAUGCAACAGUUUUACAAAGAACAUUAUCACGAAGAUGAAGAAAUUAGAUAUAUCGCUGAAGGAGAAGGUUAUUUUGACGUUAGAGACAAACAAGAUCGUUGGAUUAGAGCUAAAUUAUCACCAUACGACUUGUUGAUUUUGCCAGCGGGAAUUUACCACCGGUUCACAUUAACUAAUGCUGCAAAAUACGUCAAAGCAGUUAGAUUAUUCAAAGAUGAACCUAAAUGGGAAGCUAUCAAUAGAGACACGGGAAGAAACACUGAAGCUCGUGAAGUCUAUGCUAAGACUAUUGCAGUAUAG